UGGCCACCGGGGGAGGGAACCUAGUACGUGAGAGUGGUCGGGGUUUGAGCAGGAAAGGGGCGUAACCCAGGACCACCGGAGAUCAGAGACACCCGGUGGUAAGCGGUAACCCGGUGGGUGUAAGUGCUAAAGGGGGUCAAGAUGCCGCGGGUUGUACAGGAUCAGAGAAGUAAAUUUGAAAACGAGGAAUUUUUCCGGAAGUUGAGUCGAGAAUGUGAGAUUAAAUACACUGGCUUCCGGGACAGACCUCAUGAAGAGCGUCAAGCACGUUUCCAGAAUGCUUGCAGGGACGGGCGAUCUGAAAUAGCGUUCGUAGCCACGGGAACCAAUCUGUCCCUGCAGUUUUUCCCAGCCACUUGGCAGGGUGAGUCUCGACAGGCUCCCACCCGCGAGUAUGUGGAUUUUGAAAGAGAGUCUGGAAAGGUUUACUUGAAAGCUCCAAUGAUCCUAAAUGGUGUUUGUGUUUUGUGGAAAGGUUGGAUUGACCUUCAGAGACUAGAUGGAAUGGGCUGUUUGGAAUUCGAUGAUGACCGAGCACAGCAAGAGAGUGCACUGGCACAGCAAGCCUUUGAGGAAGCUCGCAGAAGAACCCGCGAGUUUGAAGACCGGGACCGAUCUCACCGGGAGGAAAUGGAGGUGAGAGUUUUACGACCACGCUGCCCGUAACUGCAUUUCUCUUUUGUGUAGGCUCGGCGACAACAGGACCCGACCUCUGGACUGGGCAGUGGUGAUGAUUUAAAGUUGCGCUAACUCCACAUAAAUCAAGAUGAGGACCCUGAUAGUCAACACGACAAGGAGUGGAACAGCCUGAGUUACUGUAGCGCAUCACGCUGGGGCUUGCGCUGAAAUUUUCAUGUUACAUCUAUUGUCUGUAAGCAUGCUGCCUGUGCUCUCUACAAACGGUUCAAAUUGAUUCGUCUAUGCAAGCUGCUUGCCACGCAUGAUUUGUAUGCAAGUGACUGUAGGAUUUUUUUAUAUAUAAAUACAUAUACUUAAAAAUAGGUCACAACUUUUAUAAAAAAAAUAAAUGUCUAUACGGUUCACUUUGUGAUGCUGAUUCCCGCUUUUAGUAGCUGUUUUUGGUGUCUGUUGAAAAAACUGAUAUUGAAGCUUGUUGGUGUCAAGGCAUUUGCAUAUUCUGCAAGCGCAUGGUCACCCUUGCAAGAUUAAAGGCCUACAGAGUGCUACAUAAAGGUUUAAUGUCCCAUCAAGAAACUGAAAAUAACUUUGCUAUUAAUUUUAGUCCUGUAUAUAAGAGAUAAUGAAUUUCACAAUGGCCUAAAAUAAAGAUAAUUAGCAAAUCAAGUAGAAUAAACUAAAAUCUUGUACACCGCCGUGGAAUCACAAUUCUGUAGCUCUAGCAUGUAAUCAGAAUGUGUCCUAUCCACUAUGCCUAGAUAUCAGUGACUGAUAUCUCCUGUCAACCAAUAUAUGUGGGGUAAAAAUGAAAGGUAUACGUGAAGAUUACAUUUGAAAAGAUAGUGACGUGUUUGUCUUUUUUUGUGUUGACUUUUUAAGAGACCAUAAAGUCAAAAUUAAACUUCCAUAAAUCAGAUAAAGGGCUCAUCGUACUAAGCAGUGAAUGCUGCUUUUAACCCUUUCUGUAAAGAAGAAGCUGCUUCUUUCCCUCUCUGCCACCACUGAGUUGGUGGAUAUAAAUUACCCUGGACAGAUCCAUUCGGGUUGAUUGGCAGGUCCUUCCCUUGAGCGAGAGGAGGCAAGUGAGCAUGUCCUGAUACAGCCGUGCAGCAUCUGCUGCCCGUUUGACACAAAUUCGGGCAAGCUAGUUCCCAAGUUGGAAAUCUUGUCUGCACCCAGCUCAGUACAUGGGACCCAAAGCAUGCAAUUUUAAACUACUUUCCAAUUUACUACUAUUUUUUUAAAUUUGAUUUGUUUUCCUCCUUUUGUUAAGUAAAUAUAGGUAGGUCAUAAUAUUUCGGGAGCAUGCAGCAGUGUUUGCAACAUUGUAUAACAUUGCUACAAACAUUGUUGUAAAUACUGCUCAAAUAGAAUGCUAAAGGCAUUUCCGUUCCUGAGAUCCUGUGAGCUUAUUUAGGUUUAGCCUUAAAGCAUAGCAAGAGAAUAAAGCUAAUUUCAUAAUAGAAAUACAUAGGAAAGUUGCACGCUCUGUCUAAAGCUUAAAGGGACAUAAAACAAGCUGGGAUAGAGACAAACUAAUAUAAUAUGUACUUUAAUUACCUGCAAAUGUAUACCGCAGUGCCUCGCCAUUAAACCUUUCUUUUUCGUUUCUGAAUUGUAAAGCUCUAACUCCCCCCACACAUUUCCUUCUAUGGCUGUAUCUAUAUCUAUUGUUGUUUGGAUAGAAUGCAAAAGUGAAUAGGGAUUAUCUGUUGGAGCCGGCCUAGAAGCUGUUGAAAUACAAUGCCUGUGUCUAAACACAGAUAAGAGGGGUGAAGUUAGGUGAUCCAGACAGUUUAGCUAUGUAAUUCAUUUUGCUUAUUUUUGAAAAUGAUUUUAAAAUACUUGCCAGCAAUUUUUAAACAAUUUUUUUUAUGCAAAAUAUUUUAAAUUAAAUUAAUUAGCCCUUUUAGGUUAUGCCCAGAUCACAACCUUUUUUAUGGCACUUUAAUUUUGACUUUAUGUUUUGCUUGAUAUAUUUGUCCACUAAAAUGUAUUUUGGUUUACAAAGUGCAUUAUUUUGUAUGGGACUAUGUAGUAAAGCAGCUUGUCUCUCUUCUCUAUUAUAUUUCUGCUUUUGCAGUGCUGUAUUUGUGUAUAUGUCCAGAUCCUAUAUCUGGGUAGUCUCUAAAGUUCCAAAAGGCUUUUGUUCUUUGGAAGUUAAGAUCUUAAAGGGACAGAAGUGUUAAUAUAAAAUGCUCUAUUUCAUUAGACAUUUUACUUUGAAAUGAAUUCCCUUAUUCUCUGUAUUUAACCACGACAAACCAGCAUAUAGCAUUGCUGUUCUGCUAAGGAAUAGCAUAGGAGAGUUUUAGAGAAAUGUUUUUAAGGCUAAAAAAAUCAAACAACCCAUAAAUUGUUUAAGCACAACUAAAAUAUGAUGUACAUUCAUUAUUUAUUUUCCUGUCAUUUGUUGUGCUUUUCCUACCCUCCUCCAUCACCAAAGAGUUUACAGAACAUGUACAAAGUAUGGCAUAAACAUCCUGGCCCUGGUGUAAAGUGAUUGCUUAGAUCAAUGCAGGAGCUCACACAAAAUUUGCUUUAAUUGGCCAAAGGGUAAAUUGGAGAAACAUACUCAGCAGGCUGUUUGAGGGGUGCAUCUCUCGAAGAACAGCAAAUCCCGGCAAAUUUUCAUAGCAUACUUUGUUUUAAAUGCUUCUAAAACAUUUUGUCGGCAGAUAUUGUAUAGUGCAGUGCUAAAUGCCUCUGUUUUAAUUUUAGAAAAAAAAUAACAUUUAAGGAUGAAGAAAUGAAGAGAUAACAAGUAAAUUUAAUUUGCUUCUAGCUCAGCCUACUGACGACUUCUCUUUUUAGUGUACAAAAAAAUCCAUCCUUUUAUUGUGUUUCUAUUUCUGGAUAUAAGGUGUGUGUGACUGCUGCCUAAUAUACCUACACACAUCUAAUAUCCAGAAACCCUGGAUAGAGCAUUAAACUUUAGGAAAGCACAUCCUGGCCUGAACCUUUAACUAAAGGUACUCCUGAAUUUAGACGGUUAACUGCUUUAAGUCCUGUAUAUUCACAUGGUGAAUACUGUACAUUUCAGACAUGUAUCUGACGGAUUGUAAUAAAGUCUUGAUAUUGUCUAAAA